UCAAAGGUUGGAGACCCGGCUGGUUAUAGGAAUGUCACCGGUGAUGAACAAGCAGCAGAAGGACAAAUAUGAAAAACAGAAAUGUGUAGAAGUAAUUUGUCGGGCUUGCGGUACUUCAAAUGACAGACGGUUUUAUUUCUAAAAUGUAUUCAGCUUCUCUUGCUGCCCCGAUGCCUGCUGAAGCGUGAUGCAUCCAGAGCAGCCCAGAACGGUCUUUGCCCCACAGAGACGAUGGGCAGAUACCACACCUCGGGGCACUCUGAGCACCGGCCUCCUGCAGGGCCUUAUCCAGAGCGUCAGGCCUCCUUCCUUCUGCCCUCUGCUCCCCAGGGUCCACGCAGCUGAUGCGGCUGCUGCCCAGCCUGCACAGAUGUCGUCGUCGUCCUCCUCCACUAGUCCUGCACCCAACCCCUCACCCAGCAUUAUGCCAAGCCACAUAGGCAGGCCAGAAUUCCCAGAUACAGGAUGGGACCGUAUCAAGGACCUCUUUGACAGAGACGUGACACAACGGUACCCAGAGGAGCUGACCAACGUGAUGAAGAGUUGUGUGACUGCCGCGCUAGCCGGCCUGCUCUACGGAGGCCUGCCAGCGGCUCGCCAUGCCAGGCAGAGGUACAUCCAACUCAGCCAGGCAGAACUCUAUACUAGUCGAGUGGAAGCAGUGCGCUCAGCCCAUAAUGCAGCAAUCCGCGGCUUCGUACGAUACGGAUGGAGAUGGAGCUGGAGAGUGGCGGCUUUUGUCACCUUAUUUAACUCCGUCAGCACAGGGCUGUCUGUGUACAGAGACAAGUAUACCCUUGGCCAUUAUGCUGCAGCUGGAGCAGUUACUGGAGGCCUUUUCAGACUGAACCUGGGACCCCGAGGCCUGGUGGCAGGAACAAUCAUCGGAGCAGUUCUGGGGUUUCCUACAGGUGCGUUGAUCAUCAGCAUGCAGUCAAUUGCAGGAGAAACGGCCAGAGAGCGGCGGAGGAGAGAGCGCAGGGAACUUUUUGACCUCAGACUCACAGAAUGGAAUGCCCGUCUGCACUUGACAGACGAGUUGAUUGGAGAUCUGAAGGUCAGCUCUCAGGCAGAAGAAACCAACAAGGACAUGCAAAGGAUCCAGGAACUGCUCAGUUUACCACAGAAUGAGGCUGUGGCUCAGGACUCACGCAGCUAAUGGUGGGAUAACCGGUUCUGCCUGCUAUCUGUCGCACAUUGAAGGUGGGACUUUACACAAAUGGGAGAAUCAAAUGUGUCACUUUGCCUGGAUGCAUACACCCUUCUCUAAUUGAAUGGAAACUGCUUUCCAUCAGAAUAAAAAACAACAACAUUGUGCUUCA